UCCCGAACCCUGACAACAGCAGAACUGACACUUCCAACAGUUUCCGAUUGCGUCGCUUUGCACAUGGGUGUACUCCAUGGUCUGGUCCUGCCUCUGCCCAAAAUGCCCACCUUCCUCUUCAAAACGAUGGCGAAGUUUCUCCAGCAACUCACGGGCGCGCGAGAACCUCCCUCCCGCCGACUACCGUCUGUUCACCACGGCAACGGAACGACUGGCUCUACGGCAUCGACAGAAAGUUGCCUGCCAGACGAUGUCCUAAUUAACAACCCUCCUCCCGGCUCCCUGACGAUUUCACAGCUGUUCGGCUCGACAUCGUCCAUUGGUUCGAUUCACGAGCCACAGGCACACCUCUUCAAAUUUGUCAAUGAUUGGAAGCUUGUUAAGGAGUUCGAGACUACUUUCUUUGGCAAUCUGGAACGAUUUCCCGUGCGGUUCUGUCAUAACGAUAUCCAAGAAAAUAACUUGCUGCUCUAUAAGGAUCCUUCAAGACAAGGCUGGUACAGGCUUCUGACUAUCGACUAUGAAUACUGCAGUUACAAUUUCCGUUGUAUCGAUGUCGGCAACUUCUUUAAUGAGUGGACAUACAACAAUAAUUUUCCUCAUGCCCCUGGCUUCUUAUAUUUGCCAGAUGCCUAUCCUUCUCGUGAAGUCCAGCUGUCAUUUUGGCGCAAGUACCUGUCUGUGUACAAACAUGGGCUUAAUUCUCCCGUCACACCGGGCACUUACAUCCAAAACCGCCGCUUCCAUUCGCGCAGUGUAUGUGGCCCCCCUCCCUUAGAAGUGGCGACACUUCUCAAGUCCCCCCCUUCCGCUCCCAACAUCAAUGGCGAUGAUGAGGAUUACUUGGGGGAUCAACCCGAUUACUCACUUCAACGUCUGUCUGAAUUGGAGGAAAUACAGGCUAUCGAGGAGGUGGAAUUAUCACCAGAAGAGGAGGAGGCGUUACUUAUUGAGACCACUUACGGCGCCCUAAUCUCUCAUAUUUGGUGGAGCCUCUGGGGCCUUAUCCAAAGUGAAAUUUCAAGCAUUGAUUUCGGUUUUAUUGAAUAUGCGACAUCGAGAAUGACGGCCUAUUAUAAAAUGAAGAGUACUCUCCCCCCUUCAGAAUUCCCUAACGGGCAAGUCCCUGUUUUCGAUAUUCCUGGCUCCAUACCAAAUGGCGAGACAUCUGCCAAAGCGGACAGCCAGGAUGUCCAAGCACGGCCCGUCAAUUCCGGUGGCUUCUACGUUACCACAGAGGAUUAG